AUGUCCGAGCAAGACAAUAAUUCAAAUGAAUACAACAAAUUGCGAAGUAUCUAUAAAUACUACAUUGAUUCAUAUAUUGCGUUGUACCAACUAAAAACCGACAAAGAAGAAGAAUUAAACUUAAUUUACAAAAUGAUCAAAACAGAAUUGAUUGAUUCAAAGAAACACAUCGCGAAAAAUAUUAUAAGAGACAGUUUCAAAAUCAUUCCAUAUAAUAAUCGCUAUAUAAAGUCAUAUUUAUAUCUUACUAAACUCAUAUUUGAUGAAAAUCAUGUCAACGAGGUCAACAGUAUCUAUAGUAUUUCUAACUUCCUAGUUUACAAAGAGUACGGAAUUAAAUUAGACAAAUCCGGUGAUUUCGAAGAAAUUAGUUCAGACAAACUCAAUAUACAUAUAGAAAAUACUAUUUACAGAGCAAUUAUGUAUAAUGACUUAGAAAGAUUCGUUUACUUAAUUGAAAGAGAUGGAUUUGAUGAAGAUCAAAAACUUGAAUGCGAUUUAUAUCCUUAUUCUGAUAAUGGGUAUUCAUUACUUGAAUUGUGUUGCUACCACGGUGCAGUUGAUUGUUUCAAGUUAUUAAGAACAAAAUUUGACUCAAAAAUAACUAAAACAUGUCUAGAAUUAUCAUUUUUAGGAAGAAACAAAGAGAUUAUGAGUGAGUGUUUAAAAUAUCAAGAACCGGAUGAAGAAUGCAUGUUUUAUGCAAUUAUUUCACACAGCCUUGAUUUUGUUACAUUUUUGAUCAAUGAGUACAACUUAGAGAUCAAUUUAAAUUAUUGCGGAGAAUAUAAGAACCUCGAAUCAUUUUUGGUUUAUUUUGAUCAAACUAAUGAUAGUUGUAAAUGCUUUAUUAAUUCCGCGAUAUUCAAUAUUCCAUCUCUUUGCGAAUAUUUCCUAUCAAAUGGUGCAAAUAUUGAAGAUAAAGAUGAAAAUGGAUAUACAGCUCUUCAAUAUGCAGCAGAUUAUAAUAGCAAAGAAAUAGUCGAAGUUCUCAUCUUACAUGGUGCAAAUGUCAACGAAAAAGAUGAAGAUGGAUACACAGCUCUUCAUUAUGCAGCAAUAAAUAAUAGUCUAGAAACGGCUGAAGUUCUAAUUUCACAUGGUGUAAAUAUCGAUGAAAAAAAUAAAUAUGAAAAGACUGCUCUUCAAUGUGCAGCGCGCAAAAAUUAUAAAGAAAUAGUUGAAAUUCUUAUUUCGCAUGGUGCAAACAUCGAUGAAAAAGAUAAUGAAGGAAAAACAGCUCUUCAUAUUGCAGAUAGUAUGAACUAUAAAGAAAUAGUAGAAAUUCUUAUUUCACAUGGUGCAAAAAAAUAA